AUGCCCCGUUCCAAGCCUGAACAGGACGAGCCUUCAAGCACCAUGUCCCAUGAUGCUUCCAAUCAGCCUUUCCCGCCUCUCACCCCCGAAGAUGGGGAUGUCGCGACUAACAAGAUUAGCUACCCCGAGAACGACGGACAGGAUGCCACUUCUCCAGUCUAUGACCAUGUGAACGUGGAAGAAGCUGACUUUCAAUCGCAUUAUUCGCAUGAAUCCCAAUCACUGUCAGACGCUUCCUCAGAUUCCGACGAAGGGCCUCCUGACGAGAAUCUCGGCAUGCAUCACCAUUCUUUUCGACAGUCGACUGGUUCGCUCCACGGGCCCAAUGCCUUUGCGCCGCCGUUCUAUAACAGACCUCCUACCCCAUUGCCUCCGUCGCCAUCGCUGACAUCGCUCCUACGACCACCAUUCUCAGCUACUACAUCUCGUCCGACGACUCCUGACGGCUCCGAUGUCGAGACCCCUGAUGAUACUGAAGCCGCUGUCGCAAAGUCCGCUCAGCGUGCAACGACCGUUCCCAGAGCGAGCCCGAAGGUUCCGACAUACGAAUACUACGGAUUUGUUCUGUAUCUCGCUUCUUCGUUGGCUUUCUUAAUCUAUAUCCUCUGGUCGUAUCUCCCGUCGCCAUUCCUUCACCAACUCGGCAUCUAUUACUAUCCGAAUCGAUGGUGGUCUCUAGCAUUUCCCUCAUGGCUGGUCAUGUCGAUCGUCUACAUUUACAUCGCACUGGCAUCCUACAACACCGGAUACUUGACUCUACCCAUGAACAGCAUCGAGAAUAUAGUGGAUGAGGUCGCAAACGUGUCAGUCAUUGAUGGCAGAGGGCGGCGACGACCAGGAGGCUCUUCGAGAAUGAAGCCCGGGGCGACGUCAUACCAGACCAUGGGGCCGCAGCAGCGAAAGGUGAAAUGGAAGAAUAUCUGGAGCGAAGGUACUGAUGCUGUGAUGGACGUCCCAGUAGGAGGAGUGUGUGAGAUACUAUAUGGGCAGGAAAGGGACGACUACGAAUUGUACGAAUCGGUUGGUAUCACAAGCUCAGGUGAUACAUAG